UGGCGUAUAUAUGUGUGUUAUUGGAACGUACGCACACAUGCGCAGAAUGUGUUGAUAUGUGUAGUAGUAUCAGCCAGUAUCCGGCCUUUGCUGGUGCGCGUUGACGUGCAUACGUACAAAACCGGAGAAGGAAUGACUCUCAAACGUGAUGGCCCAAAAUUGUUCAAGCUGAAGUGGCCAAGAAAAGUCGAAGGAUGGGAGGGAUAAACUGGGGCGAAUUGUUUCCGGGAAGGUGGAGUCCCGUUAUUUUCAUCUCCUAUAUAGCUCUCUUCAUAAACCAAGGUAUUCUCGUGACGUGGUCUCAGAGAAGCGGCCGCUACGAAUAUAAUAUUGUGGCAGUUGUGCUGAUGACAGAAGUUCUGAAAUUGGUCAUAUCCACAGCACUCUACUGCAAAGAUAAUAGCAUCCUAACGCUUCUCCAGGAGACGAGGAAGAAUAAAAAGGUGCUUCUGCUAUACAUGAUACCUGCGCUUUUAUAUUGCCUGUACAACAAUCUAGCAUUUGUCAAUCUGGCUAGAUUCGACCCCACGACUUACUACGUCUUGCUGCAACUCCGCGUUGUACUUACGGGAAUCAUUUUCCAGGUCAUAUUUAGCAAAAAGUUGUCCGCGACGCAGUGGUUUUCCCUAGUGAUCUUGACAGUCGGCUGCAUGGUAAAGCACUUUGACGCCCACGUCCUUGGCACGGAAUUCCACGUAGAUAUUUUUCUACUUCUAAUUCUUGUACAAACAACAUGCUCCUGCUUAGCCGGGGUGUAUAACGAAUAUUUGCUGAAACGACAAGGCGCGGACAUCGACAUUUUUAUACAGAACGUAUUUAUGUACAUCGACAGUAUUUUCUGCAACAUUGUGGCGAUUGUCCUGUUAAGCGCAUUCACGAACGGCGUUGACGAAACGCUGACCAAUGUCGAGAUCGGUACGUUUCUGCAGCCGAAAGUAAUCCUAAUUAUGUUGAACAAUUCGCUCGUCGGGAUAAUAACGAGCUUCUUCCUGAAGACCUUGAAUUCCAUAUUGAAGACCUUCGCUAGCGCGGUGGAGCUGAUUUUUACAGCGAUGCUAUGCUGGAUUCUAUUUAGCAUACCUAUUAGCACGAACACCAUCGUUUCUAUAGCUAUGGUGAGCUUCGCCGUCGUUUUAUAUUCGAGAAAUCCCGUACAGAACGUUCAACCUAAAGAGACGGCGGAAAGUGGGAAGCUUCUGGUGUAAACGACAGUAUUAUAAAUUCUUUUUCCAAAUGACGAUGUAAUCGCCAACUGAAAUUGCAAAACAAAGUGUACGUUACCAUUAGCCUUAAGCCGUUAUAUGCUUUAUCGCGCGACGAUGAUUAUGUGAUAUAAGGUUGUUAAGUUAAGAUAAUGACUGAACGCUUGAAUAAAAAUAUCAGUUUCUUUCAACAAAUCAUUAGAAAAUUAAGUAGAUGAUUUAACGAGCGAUAUUAAGCGAUAUUAAUUGCGAAAAAAUAUUUUUAUAUUUCUCAAAGCCUUUUUGAACAAAAACGAAAUAGACUAAGA